GUUUUUGAAGUGAAAACAAAGCGAUUAUUACAUAAAAAGUGAUUUAAAUUGUGUUUAAAUUGUGUUUUCAUUGAUUGAUUGAUCACUCGUUGGGAACCACUGGAAGCGAUGGCCACCAAAGAGAGACGAAUGGAUUUGAAUGACAUGAAUCCAAUGCAGUUGUCGUCUAUUCGGCAACAGUUGGAAGCCGAGAUCGAGAUCUUGGAGAACUCGAUCCAAAGCCUGCAAAACGCCAAAAUGAAGUUCAAUGAGUCAGCGCUGGCCGUCCAGAGGCAGGAGGAGGUGCCCAACGGAUCCCAAAUACUGGUGCCGCUGACGGGCUCUAUGUAUGUGCCGGCGCUCAUCAAAGACAACAAUGAGUUUGUUGUGGACAUCGGAACCGGUUAUUACGUCCAGAAGAAUACCAAAGCAGCCAAUGAUUACUUCAAACGAAAGGUUCAGUUCUUGACGGAACAGAUCGAGAAGUACGCGAAGUUGACUCAAGAGAAGGUGACCGCACGGGAAGCAAUUGUGGAGCUCUUGCAGUACAGACAACAGACAGCAAUAGCCGCACAGCAAACAAGUUCUUCACAACAACUCACCAAAACUUAAUCCACUAAUAAUUGGUUUAAUGUUUUAUUUGAUUUAUAAUUUACAUUUAAUUAUAUUCGCUAAUAAAAUAUUUUCUUUUUCUGAGAA